AUGAAGGCAUCGCUUACGUUUAGUCUCUCCGGAAUAUACGCCCCCUGUAGCAUUUCUAGGGAUAUAUAUCUCGAAUACGGCGAUAAAAAAGCUGAAUGUUUAUAUGGGACAAUUAGAUUGCCUCAGUACGGUCCAGGUUGCACGCCUGGUAAAAUUGUACAUUGUGUCCUGGAUGAUUCACUGCCCUUCUGUAGCAUUGUUGUACCUUCCAAACUUUUUGGGUUUAUGCCGACACAGCCCACUAUGGAUUUUUGCUAUUUUGAACCCAUAUUAGACAAUGUAGUACCUGUACUGGAUAGCGUAACGUUUCUGAUUAAUGAACAAUUGUACUCAAAACUAAUGGACCUACCGCAAGAGAUGCAACAAAUACAAUUUUUGCAUUACAAAUAUAACAUCAACUCCAUGGAAACCGUGGUUCAUUCUCGAGAUAUUUUAACAUCUGGUCUUUGCCAAAUUUUAAACUGCUCACCUUUCCCGCAGGGCCUUGUUGAUUUUACAGAAACCCAAUUGAUAUUAGUAAAUGAUACUGAGCAGAAACUAAGUACUCUAAAAUAUGCUAACGAAGAUGAAGAAUAUGCAUUAUCUAAAAUAGGGACAAAUUCUGCUUUAUCAGUUGAUCUUGAAUCUCUCCCCUGCACAAUUUCAAGAGAUCUUUUGCGACCUGCACCUCACAUCAAUGAUGAUGAUUCAAUAUAUGCCUUUACAGACGCUGAAACUCUACUGCGCCUGGAUGUCACAAGUGGAUCGUUUAUAACAGUGUCAAAUAUGGGUUGCGUCAGGCUAGUUAAGCUGUUUGUUUUACUACUCCCCAACGGCUUUAAAAAAAGAACAAUAUACGCACCUCCCAAAAUAAUAGCAAGCUUUCCAGACUGCAGCGUCGUGACAAUAUCAAAGUCCAAUAUAGGCCAUACAGAUAUUCCCAUUGCUAAUCAAGUUUUCAUCUCAAGAGUUGGAGGCUGGCUUCAAUCUCAGAAAUGCUUUCAAAAUAUUAUUCUAACCACCUUGAAAAAGUUUUUUAGCGAGAGCAAAAGGAUUCUUUGUCAAAAUGAUUUAAUCCCAAUCGCUUUUGAUUCAAGUAUGGCUGAUCUCAAUAUAGCAGAGGAAAAUCAUGAGUCUGAUGACGAAGAUGAGCUAGGGCAGUACUACAAGAACGAUUCCCUUGUAUGGUUCUUUGUCACAAGCGCAGAGCUCGAUUGCUUCUCUAAAGAUAAUUCUCAUUUUAUUAUUGAUCCUAAUCGGACGAAGCUAAUAACAACUAAUAUCACUAACAGAAGACCAUUACCCUUGAGUAGAUCCAAUCUUCAGAGAUAUUACGGUUUUGCUGAAACUUUUUACUAUGAUUUGCAUAUCUUCCCCUAUGUAAGACAAUUGGUUAACAUAUUAGAAACUUCCUUCAAUUGUUCUCAAAGGGGAAUCACCCUAAAUGCCUCUGUGUUACUUCAUUCCACUACAAACAAUGUGGGCAAGGCUACAAUGGUGAGAUUUGCUUCAAAAUAUCUUGGUAUACAUCUACUGGAGAUAGAUUGCCUUUCGCUCACUUCAAAUUCAAGACAACUGGAUUCAACAUCUAAGAUUAUUGGUUACAUUAGGGCUAAAUGUGAAAAUGUCCUACCGUACGCAUCACCUGCUGUGAUUUUUUUGGCUCAUUUGGAUUCAAUUUUGCUUGACGUAAACGCUAAUCAAGAUCCAGAGGCAAUAAAAUUACAAAAAUCUAUAAAUUUCGAAAUGUCUAAACUUCUGGACGAUUUUACGUUUAAAUUCCCAGGAACUACAUUUGUUGGCUCCGUAAAUAACAUAGAUAACGUGCCUUCCAGCUUUAGAUCACAUAUGAGAUUUGAGAUUCUCGUACCCGUUCCGUCUGAAGCACAGAGACUGCGUAUCUUUCAGUGGUACUUAUCUUCACAUGAACUAAACAGAGAUGUCCAACAAAAGGUUCCAGUAUCUUACAUGGAUAAUAUUUCAUUUUCAUCACUCUCUUCAUAUUCUGCUGGUUUAACUCCUUUAGACAUCAAAUCAAUUGUGGAAACGGCACGAAUGACGGCUACUGCGCGUUUUUACCAAGAAUCAAAGAAGUAUGGAUGGCUUCCGCAAUCAAUUUUGAUCACUCAGGAGGAUUUAUCAAAAGCUACUUCGAAAGCUAGGAACGAAUUCUCGGUUUCGAUUGGUGCCCCACAAAUCCCUAACGUAACUUGGGAUGAUAUAGGUGGUAUUGAUUUUGUUAAAGGUGAAAUAUUGGACACAAUAGACAUGCCGCUAAAACAUCCUGAAUUAUUUACCUCAGGUAUGAAAAAGAGAAGCGGUAUUCUUUUUUAUGGUCCACCGGGUACAGGUAAAACUCUAAUGGCUAAGGCCAUUGCAACAAAUUUUUCUUUAAAUUUUUUCAGUGUUAAAGGCCCUGAACUGUUAAAUAUGUACAUUGGUGAGAGUGAAGCUAAUGUGCGCAGAGUGUUUCAAAAGGCGAGAGAGGCUAAACCUUGUGUCAUAUUUUUCGAUGAAAUCGAUUCAGUAGCACCCAAACGUGGUAAUCAAGGUGAUUCGGGUGGUGUUAUGGAUCGUAUCGUUUCACAGUUACUAGCAGAGUUAGAUGGGAUGAGUACCGACGCUGACGGUGUAUUCGUUAUCGGAGCAACAAACAGACCAGACUUAUUGGACGAAGCACUACUAAGACCAGGAAGAUUUGAUAAAUUGUUAUAUUUAGGUAUUCCGGAUACGGAUACCAAACAAUUGAAUAUUUUAGAGGCUCUGACGCGCAAAUUCGUGCUCGACAACGACGUAAAGCUUAUUGAGUUGGCAAAGCUAUGUCCAUUUAAUUACACCGGGGCAGAUUUUUAUGCUCUCUGCUCAGAUGCAAUGCUUAACGCCAUGUCAAGAAUUGCACGCAUGGUAGAAAAGAAAGUUUCUCAGCAUAACGAAUUGACGGAAGAGAAUAUCUCUACACGUCGCUGGUUUGAUAAGAUUGCGACAAAAGAGGAUACUAAGGUUGUCGUAAAAAUGGAAGACUUCUUGAAAGCACAAGAGCAGCUCACCCCAAGUGUGUCGCGGGCUGAACUGAAUCAUUAUGAAGCGGUGAGAGCUAAUUUUGAAGGUGCUUAA